AGGCAAAGCAUCUGUCUUAAUUAUUCUGUUGAGGUACUGCGCUUAUGUUCUUGCUGGAAACCUUUUUUAAUGAAAACAACCCCUAACUGACUGGCUUCGCCGGGAUCUUUAUUGCGGAAGCAAUGAAUUACCGUCUCGACCAUGCAAAAAGCAUUGCUAAGGAGUGUCAUGGGAAAAUCCCCGUGUUGAGAGCUUUACCCAUCAGGGUUCUUGCCGUUAUUAUGGCAGUUGCUAUUGUGAAUAUGCUGUGUUGGGCGGGUGUGGGGGUAGCACUCGUGAGUUUCCCUUUGCCCUCCCCGCAUUAUUCUAGCCGAUUGCUAACUGAGAAUAAUGGGAAUUAGAAUAAGCACAAGUCUGUUCUCACCUUUUGGGUUAUUAUAAUUGAGAGUAAUUUUUCACAAUUGACACUGGCAUUGGCGUGUCUCUAGAGGGUUGACAGGCACUUCAGUUUUGGCAUAUACAUUGGGGUUGAGGCAUGCUCUGGACGCAGACCACAUUGCUGUGAGGAAUUCCCUGUUCUUGACGUGGUGAAUAGAGCACUGACGGAGGUGAUAGGCUAUCGAUCUUACUACAAGAAAAUUAAUUGCAUCCGGACAACGUCCUGUUACAGUCGGGAUGUUUUUUAGUCUCGGGCACUCCACGUACUUUCUCUCCUCCCCUCGCCUCGUCCCCUAAUGGCGCAGGCUGACGGUCACAGAAUUGUCAUGGUCACCUUGAUUGUGGUCGCUGGAACAGCUGCGGGAGUCAGUAAACGCUUCGAUGAUUUUGCUCGUGUCGGCGGCAUCGUCGGAACUUCAGUUUCCGCGGCCUUCCUGAUGAUAUUGGGCGCGAUGAACGUAUACAUCUUGUAUAAACUCGUCAAGCAAUUGAAUAUGCUCAUGCAUUCCAGACAAGAGGGUGUGCUGUUCGGCGAGGGUAUUGUGGGUGACUGGGAUACUCCGGGCGCGGGGUGUUUUACGAGGAUGUGUCGAACACUUUUCGGGUUCAUUGAUCGGCCGUGGAAAAUGUACCCGUUGGGAGUGCUCUGUAGGUUCGCCCGUGUUUAGGGUGAACGAAAGACUAAUGGGGAUGCCAUUGUAGUUGGCCUUGGGUUCGAUACUUCUUCGGAGGUGAGCAAUGAAAUGCGCAUUAUAGGAUGGGAAACUAAUGAGCAUAGGUUGCCCUUCUCGGGAUCGCCUCUAUCGAGGCAGCGCAGGGGACGAGCAUCUGGCUUAUCCUCAUCUUCCCAGUCCUUUUCACCGGUAUCCCCAUUUCUUCUCUCUCGCUUCACCCACCUUCUAACACUCCAAAGCGGGAAUGUGUCUCAUCGAUACCACAGACGGAGCCUUGAUGUCGGCCCUAUACACCACCUCCUCCUUCGCCCACGAUGACAUAGCAAUCGUGUACUACUCCAUAGCCCUAACUAUCCUAACAGUCCUGGUAGCAAUAGUAAUCGGCGUGAUCCAAAUACUCUCUCUAAUCCACCAUGUCCUAGAACCCACCGGGAGCUUCUGGGACGGCGUUGAAAAGGUCAGCGAGAGGUACGAUAUUAUCGGCGGGUGUAUUGCCGGUUUAUUCAUAAUCACCGGGAUCGCGGCAUAUGUUAUGUAUAGGCCUAUCCGUAAGAUCAUCGACCAGAAAAGGUCGCUGAUCGAGCCCGCCGCGUCCGCUCCUUCCAGAGAGGAUGUUAGUAUCCCUCCCGCAGGCGCUCUUGGGGAUGCUAGUACUACUAAUUCGGGGGUUAAUCCGUUCGAGGAUGAAAUCAGAGCUGGAGUGGAUAGCAGGGUGUAGGCUAACGAGAUUGCCGUUGGGCACUUUGAUGGUAAGGCAGGGAGUUCUAGUAGGUGAGAUCCUAGAAACAAUAAUAACGAUGACAACAAUUGCAAUGACGAGAUGAAUGAUUUGUUUUUUUGUCUUCAUAAUAUUACACCUGAAUGGGGCUAGUAUUUGCCAUUUGGAAGAUAGUAGCGUGCUAUCAUGGAAUAAUUAAAUCUCAACUUUAUCAGGAUCACAUCCUCGAUAUUAU